UUUUCUGAGUCCUCGUUUUAUGUACCUGGACCUCGACAUUAAUGUUAAAUUAUUAUUAAUGCUUAAAGGGAUUUGAACUGGAAAAAAAUACAAUUACGGGCAGUAACUACUACUACAGUACUAACAAGGAUCAAAUUCUAGGGUUUUUGUAGUAGUAUUAAUUUCUACACUCCAGAAUCAGAGAUUCAGAACCCGCCCAAAAUCUUAAAUCGAGCAGGAUUCCAUGUCUUGGUGGGAAGGUGUCGAUGAAACUCGUCUUCUUGUUGCACCAGAACCUAGUGCGACUGGAAAAUGUGGGGGACAAUUGCUGUCGCUUCGGCAUCCAAAAUCUGGUAACAGUACAUGCUUCCUCUUGAUCAAUGGUGGUCUUCAAGAAAUUCACUGGUUUAAGCAAUCCUACGGAUCUUGGUUUGUGGGAGAUUACGUUUGCGAAGAUGGCCGCCUAUAUACUGCAACUCCAGUUGAUCCCGUGUUCAUCCUGUUGCCCAUUUUUGAGGAAGCACGAAUGAAGAAGGGAGAUGACCCAGGGAAGUUCAGGCAACUAGAUGAGAUGAUUUUUGUCAACGGCUAUCCAGGAUAUCAAUAUUUACUUUCCAUUGCGGAGACAUCUAUGCAAGUAGUUUGUGAUGUUAAAGAAAUUGGAUCGAUAAAGUUUUUUCGGCUUAAUGAUUCUAAAGUGUUAGCUUGGUUGAACUACAAGGUAGACCAACUAAAGCGGACUCUACUCACAUUGGAUAAAAACUAUGCUGCACAGGAUGAAAAGGACACAUUAACUGAUGCAGUUUCAGUAUUGGGCGAGUAUUUGAAGGAAGAGCCAUGGUUGGAGCUCCUAUGCAGCAAUCUAAAGUUAGAUUUACAAGCAGCUAAGACAGCAGAUAUUGAAGUGCUCCCAAUUGCAAUGGAAAACGGUCCUGCGUCUUUUGAGCCUGGACAGGAAAAGAAUGGGAGCGACAAGAAAACUACCAGGAAUGCUAGGCAAAUUAAAAAGGCAAAAGUGGAGACAGAUUCAAGAAAUAUCAGAGACAUGUUUACAAGGGCCUCAAGAAGGAAAUGAUUACUGUUUUCACUUGAUCAACUAGAGGCAUUCGAUGUUUCAAUGGAGCCUUGUUCUAUCUUGGCACACUGAAUCGGUGAAUCCCUUUGUCCAAGGGUGCUGCCCGUCACAGCACAAGUUGUCAAACCAACAUUGGGUAAUGGCCGUUAUGAACUUGUUCUGGGCUGCUUUUCCAUACGACACUAGGAAACCCAACUUUAAAGCGUCAAUUUUUGAUGAAAGAAUUAGAAUUCCUUCCGACCAAUUGAAAUGUUGUCAUUCAAGCGCGUGCUAAAAUGUGCCAUCAGUUGGAAUGCGCUAGGUAGUGGUUAGUUCUAUGUUGUGCUAUUAAUUGGAUGCUUUUUAUGGUAUUGCUGUUUAAUCUAUGGAACACCAAAUUUGCUAGCAA